UCAGAUCUCCAGCUGUCCCCUGCCAGGGCAGAGGUAGAGGAUUGGCUUAUUUUACUCUCUGCCUAAAAGUCUAGGAGAUAAAAGUCAAUGCUCACAAUCUGUUGUGUGAGGCACCAUGGCUCUUCUGCUCUUCUUCUGCCUGUUUUUCUUUGUUACUCCUUUGGCAUCAGCCACCGAACCCUAUUAUAUGGUCACUGUUCCUGCUCAGAUGGUCUAUCCUUCGCAAGAGAGAGCAUGUGUUCUCAUUCUCCACCUGCAGGGGGAGAUCAAACUGAAAAUGGCACUAAAGAAAGAUGACACCAUUUAUCAAGUAGCUGAAGAUACUAUCAACACCCCUAAUUAUUUGCACUGUUAUUCCUUCCAGCUUCCUGCUACUGACACAGAGGUUUGGUUGUUCCAUGUUUCUAUGGAUGGGGAACAUUUGCACCUGGAGAAGACCAAGAAAGUUCUAAUCCUCAAAUUGUCUUAUGUGACAUUCAUCCAGACAGAUAAACCCAACUAUAAACCUGGCCAGACAGUAAAUUUUCGCAUUGUAACCUUGGACACCACUUUUCGGACUCAGAAAAUGACGUAUCCUCUAGUGGAGAUGACGGAUCCAGAUAACAAUCGCAUUGCACAAUGGUUAGAUGUCACUCCAAAUCAAGGAAUUGCUUCCCUUAGCUUCCCUCUGGCAAAUGAGCUUAGUCUUGGAGAUUACAUAAUAAACAUUCCUGGAACCUACAAAAAAAAGUUUUCUGUGUCUGAAUAUGUGUUAAAGAGAUUUGACAUUAAUAUUGAGAUUCCAUCUAUACUGAAUGCAAUGACCGAAGAGGCUGUAACUAUCAAAGCAUGUAGUAGUUACACCUAUGGAAAACCAGCCAUUGGCCUAAUGAGCCUCUCUGUCUGCAAAAUUCAGCUUUAUCCAUUCUUCCUGAAGUAUGCUGAUUCUACAGAUAUUUUUCAUUCUAGUGAUGACAAUUUAGAGGGAUGCAUACGCAAAGACAUGCAGACUGAUGACAAAGGCUGUUUAUCCAGGACAUAUGACCUACGUCAGUUCAAUAUCUCUCAGACAGAUGCAGAGCAGCAUUUAAAAGUCAGGGCUUCAAUGACAGAGCAGCUUACAGGGAACACAGAAUCUUUAGUAGUGAUUUCCAGACUGGGCACUUUUGAGUAUUUAAAUUUUUUUGAGGUUAUUGAAUUUUACCAACAAGGAGUUCCUUUAACAGUCAAGCUAAAGCUCAGAGACCGAACAGAAUCCCCCAAAGUGAAUGAAACUAUCUACUUAGUAGUGGGCUUUGAAGAGAAAGACCUGAACCUGACCGCAGUGACAGAUGAAUGGGGCAUAGCAACCUUCAACCUGGACACCUCUUCAUGGGAGGACAUGGUAUCUAUUACGGGAAAACUCUUCUUGGAAGAGAAUACAGAAAAAGAGAAUCUUAUGAAUCGUGCAUUUGCCUGGGUUCAUCCAUUCUAUUCGGAGAGUAAGAGCUUCCUUAAAGUGUUGUCCGUGGCAGGGCCCUCUUCAUGUGACAGCCAGCAAUCAGUGACUGUGGAAUACUUCAUUAAUAAAAACAAGCUGGAUCCUAAAUCUGACCACCAAUCCUUCUUCUACAUUUUGAUGGGGAAAGAAGGAAUUGUGUCUCAUGGAGAGUAUAAGCUGGACAUUACAGAACAGCCCACUGCCCUUGAUCUACAUGGAACAUUUCCCCUGAAGUUCAGCAAAGUGAUUGAGUUAUUUCCAAAAGCCACUAUUCUUGUUUUCACGGUUCUGCUAGAUGGAGAUAUUGCAGCAAGUAGGACAAAGUUUCAAGUGCCAAUGUGUCCAAACAAUAAGGUUCAAAUCAAGUUCUCUAAAGAUCAGGUCUAUCCAGGAGAGGUGGUUAGUCUGGAAGUAAAAGCAGAGUCUGGAUCGCUUUGCUCUGUGCGCUCUGUGGAUAAAGGACUAUUGCUUCACAAUCAUCACGAUAAAUUUAAUCUACCAACCUCAAUGAUCAAGCUUAUAAUUUCUAGCUUUGAAGUAAACAGACGUGGCUUUCCAUAUAAAAUUGAGGAUUUUGAAAAAUAUCCUUGCUUCAGAAAUGAGAAAGAUACAAGCCCAGAGAUCCGUGAAGGUGUUUGGUACUAUGCUGAACCCGAUGUUUACAGACUGCUGAAGGAGAGUAAUCUAAAGACUUUUACAAACCUGAAGAUCCGGAAGCCUGUGCUGUGCUCCCUUACCAACUAUACAAAACGCAUUUCUCCUAAAAGGGAGAAGAACCUGGAGAAGGAGGCUGUUGUUCAAUCAGAAAAGAAGAAUGAACUAAAGAAGUCUGCAAUAAGGAGAUUGUUUCCAGAAACUUGGUUGUUUGACUUGGUUUCUGUGGGCCCUUAUGGAAGCACAGUACUAAAUCUGACCACACCAGAUAGUAUAACAAAGUUUGACACGGAUGCCUUUUGCUUGGGAAAGUCCGGUUUUGGGGAGAUGAGUAAUGUUAUGCUCACUACCUUUAAACCUUACUUCAUUGAGUUGACCAUGCCUUAUUCUGUGGUACAAGGAGAAAAAUUUACUAUCACAGCACUGGUAUAUAACUACUUAAAGGAAUGCAUAAUGGUGUUUUCCUCACUGUCUGGUCUGGGGGAUCGCUCUGCAACCGAAAACAAGAAACAGACAAAGUGUAUCUGUGAAGAAGAAUCAACCAGCUUCACAUGGAAUGUGACUGCCUCUAAUCUAGGAAACUUGAAAGUCCGUUUAAGCAGUGGUUCACUGCAACUUAAAGGGAAGUGCACAGAUCAACCUCCCAACCUGGGCAAUGACUAUCAAGAAGAUAUUAUUGAAAAAACAGUAUUCAUAAAGAUAAACUACAAUCCUGGUAAUUUUUCCUUUUUUUCCCCCCAGCCUUCUGGAAUUCUAGAGGAAAAGAUGCAGGCAUCAGUACUCUGUCCACCGGGUGACAGCAUCCGCACAGAGAUGUUGUUAAAUCUUCCAGACAGAAUUGUAUCAGGCUCAGAUGAGGCUCUUGUCACUGUAAUAGGAGAUUUGAUGGGCAGUGCCAUUGCUUACCUGGGGAAGGAUAUCUCCCGUUCAGAAGGGAGUGGUGAGCGUAAUUUGGUGACAUUUUUACCAAAUGUCCAAAUAGUAAAGUAUCUAGAAGCUACUAAUCAACUGACACCGAAGAUCAAAUCUGAAGCUCUCUCCCACAUAACUAAAGGUUACCAGAGGCAGCUGCUGUUUAAAAGUGUGAACGGUUCUUACAGCGUCUUCCAUGGCUACCAGCCCAGUACAUGGCUCACUGCCUUCACGUUGAAGUCAUUUGUUCAUGCUCAAGAGCUCAUCUACAUCCAGGAGAAGCAUAUUGAGGAUGCUGUGAGAUGGCUGAGCCGUCUGCAAAAGAGCAAUGGCUGCUUUGAGAUGGUUGGAUCCAUUUUUCAGGAUUACUUAAUGAAAGAGGGUGAAGAUGAAGUGACACUUACAGCGUACAUAACAAUAACCCUUCUGGAACAUAGGAAAGUGUUUAAUGACAUGCUGGUAGAUAAAGCACUGAAAUGUUUGAAGGAUUCAGUUGAAACAGUAAACUGUACGUACACCCAGGCUCUGAUGGCCUAUGCCUUUACCUUAUCGGGAGAUGGGGACCUGAGAAAACAGAUGCUGGAGAGCUUAGAAAAAAGUGCUGAAAAAACAGCUGGGACCAAAUACUGGGAAUCAGAUAGCAGUGGUCAUGGAGGUGUGGCGAUAUCAGCCUAUGUUCUCCUCACUAUACUAUCAGAUGACACCACUUCCCAUAAAGAUAUUGAGGAGGCAUCAAGCAUUGUCAGCUGGAUGGUGAAAAAACAGAGACCCCAGGGUGGAUUCUACUCAACCCAGGAUAUGGUGGUUGGACUUCAAGCUUUUACCAAAUAUGCAAAGGCCACUUACAGGGACACAACGGAUCUCACAGUGUCCAUUAGGUCAUUGUCUGGGUUCCAGAGUAUAUUUCAUGUGGACAAGACCAACCGCCUGCUUUUACAAAGAGAACAUUUACCAGAUACUUCAGGAGUAUAUACAGUUACUGCCACAGGAAAUGGAUGUGCCUAUGUUCAGACAUACCUGAAGUACAACACGCCACCAGAAAAUUCUGAUACUUUCUUUACUGUCAUGAUCAUCACCCAGCCAGCAGUGUGCACACAUGAAGUGCUAAAAAAAUUUGACCUUUACAUGGAAAUCGGUUAUCGUGGUGAAGGGACUGCUGCCAAACUGGUCAUGAUUGAAGUGGACAUGCUCUCAGGAUUUUUUCCAGUUAAAAGCAGCUUGAAGAAGUUGGAGAAGAAUAAAUCUGCAUUUGGAAGAGUUGAAGCUACAGGAGAUAGAGUGACCAUCUAUGUGCAUAAGCUCACACAUGAGCCUGUCACCUUAGUUAUCUCAAUGAAACAAGAGGAACAAGUGAACAAUUUACAACCCGCAAUUGUGAAGGUCUAUGAAUACUCCAAUCCAGAUACGUUUGCUGUUGCAGAGUAUAAUUCUCCCUGCAGUACAGGUUCCUAGAACGAAGAUGACGUUCUUUAACUUCAUCAAAGGACAAUGAGUUUUUACAUCUGACCUACAAUAUGUUAACAACUUUUAAUGGAAUAAAAAAAUUAAUUAAACUGGAAAA